AUGGCAGAAGGCCAGCAGGACACACAACUGGUGGCCAAGUAUGAUUACAAUGCAGAAAACUCACAGGAGCUAUCUAUGCGCAAAGGGGAACGAUUGCUGCUGGUUGACGACACCAAGGACUGGUGGAAGGUUCGCUCUCCUGACACUGGCCGUGAAGGGUUUGUGCCUUCUAACUUUGUGAAAGUCCUCAAGCCCAAGGCUUCGUUGUUUGCUUCUAUACUAAAGAAACAUGGAGGCCGGAAGAAGUCAGAGCCCAGUAAGCCGUUACCUCCACAUUCACAUCCCUCCUUAAACAAUGGCAACACAGCAGUGCGUUCAAGGACUAAUGGAAAUAGCACAACCAAUGCACCAGAGACCUAUCUGUUGCGACACUGCAUACCGGCUUGUGCAAAAUAUUUCUAUACCGCUGACCGGAUAGAUGAAAUCUCCCUGUCGAAAGGGGAGAGGAUUAUGGUGUUAGAAAAAUCCAGCGACGGCUGGUGGAAGGGUCGUAAGGAUGAUGGCAGUAUAGGCUGGUUCCCAGCCAAUCAUGUCGAGGAGGUCGGCUCUUCAGGAGGGAGCAGUAAUCAGGAUAACAACCUGCUGUACUUCACAGCCGCAGAGGCCAAAUCCCAGUCUUCGCCAUCUCAUAGCUCAGCGGACAUUGUUCUGGCGCUGUACCCCUUCACGGGAAAGAACUACGGGGAGCUCAGUUGUGAAAAGGGGGAGAGAUUAGAAGUGGUGAUGUCGGAACCGGACUCUGAGUGGUUGUCUGUGCGUAAUUCUCGUGGAGAAACCGGAGUUAUACCGGCGAAUUAUGUCACCCCAGCGACCAGUUCUGGGGAGGAGGGCAGUGAAAGAGGGACAUCAACAUCAUCAUCCAAUCCUCAGUCGCAGUCACAGUCCAUCUCCUCCAUCUCCAACACCUCCAUAGCAGCCCUCGCCCUCGCGGGGAGGAAACAGUUUCGUGUGUCGGGACCUCUGGCGGACAAGGAAUGGUAUUAUGGGAAGAUUUCCCGCACCCAGUGUGAGGACAUUUUAACCAAAUUUGCCCAGGAUGGCGAUUUCUUAAUUAGAGACAGUGAAUCAACAGCUGGUCACUACACAGUUUCCUUGAAAGCGCCAGGUCGCAAUAAGCACUUCCGGGUUAAAAACACCUCAGGCGUCCUCGAAAUAGGUCAGCAGAAGUUCACGGACCUAGAGGAUUUGAUAGAGCACUAUAAGAAACACCCUAUCUUCAAGCAGGACUCAGAGAAACUGUUUUUAGUUAAGCCUUUUGUUUGCCCGUCAUCGCAGGACACUUGA